UGACGCUGCUGUGGACUGGUUAAACUGGUUAAACUGGUUAGCCUCUGAUCGGAGCCUCUCAUCUCAUCCGUUUGUUUUUUUUCUUCUUGUUUCCAUCUCAUUGGCCCCGCCCCCUGUGGUUAAGCCCCGCCCCCGGAGCGGAGAGACAGAGAAGCCUCGCGACCAGAAUCAGUCAUCUCCGCUGGUUACCAAGGGUUACCUGCUCCCAAUCCGGACCGAACCGGUUACCGAGCCGUUCCAGGAGCGGACCGACCGACGGGCGUCUUCUAUCUGCUGCUGAAACCUUCCCAUCAUGGAGGAACUUCAUGACGUGCAGCUGACGGAGAUCAAACCUCUGCUCACAGGACAGAACGGAGGAAACCUGCAGGACUUUGACUGUCAGGAACAUGACGUGGAGACGGCCCACGGAGUUCUGCACGUCACCAUGAGGGGCGUCACCAGGGGCAACCGACCCACGAUCCUCACCUACCACGACGUGGGAUUGAACCAUAAGUCCUGCUUCAACAGCCUGUUCAACUACGAGGACAUGCAGGAGGUGACGCAGAACUUCUCUGUGCUCCACGUGGACGCCCCCGGGCAGCAGGAGAACGCCCCCACCUUCCCCCCAGGGUACCAGUACCCCAGUCUGGAGCAGCUGGCGGAGAUGCUGCCGCCGGUCCUCGUCCAGCUGCAGGUGAAGAGCGUGAUCGGCAUCGGAGUCGGAGCCGGAGCCCACAUCCUCACCAGGCUGGCUCUGAACGAGCCCAGCCUGGUGGAAGGACUGGUUCUGAUAGACAUCAACCCGUGUGCCAAAGGCUGGGUGGACUGGGCCGCCUCUAAGCUGAGCGGCUGGACCAGCAGCCUGGUGGACGUCAUCAUGGGACACCACUUCAGCUCCGACCAGCUGGCCGAGAACCAGGAGAUCGUCCAGACCUACAGACUCCACAUGUCGCAGGACGUUCCUCAGGAGAACCUGGCCAUGUUCUACAGCAGCUAUGAAAGCCGAUCGGAGCUGCAGAUGGAGCGGCCCGUCCCCGGACUGGACCAGAACACCUCCAGCACUCUCAGGUGUCCCACUCUGCUGGUGGUUGGGGACACGUCUCCAGCGGUGGACGCCGUGGUGGAGUGUAACUCCAGGCUGAAUCCCACCAGGACCACACUGCUGAAGAUGGCGGACUGCGGUGGACUUCCACAGGUGGUCCAGCCUGGAAAGUUGGCCGAGGCCUUUAAGUACUUCGUCCAGGGGAUGGGCUACAUGCCCACAGCCGGGAUGACCCGUCUGGUUCGCUCCAGAACCCACUCGGCCUCCAGCGCGGGUUCCUCGGAGGGGGCCCGGAGCCGCAGCAGCGUCCUGGAGGGCGCCGACCCCCAGAACCCAGCGGUCCAAACCAUUGAGAUGACGGCGUAGAACCAGAGCCGGUUCAGGUUCUCCAACAGCCUCGGUUCUUCCUGCAGGAUCUCAGAGUGGAGUAGAGCGGACCUGUGUGGUUCUGUUAGUUCCCCUCUGUGGGGCCCGGCCGUUACCGCGGUAACACUUUCUAUCUUCAUGAGUUCAGGUGUUGUUCUGUGGUUCCGUUUCUCUUGGGUUAGAUGUUCUUUUUCUUUGGACUCUAUCUUUCUGUGGGAUGUUUAUAGAAAUCUUCGGUUCUGACGCUCAGACUUUUGGGUCAAACUGUUUCUGUUUGGACGGAAACCUUCAAUUAGACGCCAGAACACCUCGUUACGGUAGAACCACCUGACAGUCACGGCCCAAUCGGACCCUAGUUUUCCUGUUUUAUCUCAGUCCGCAUGCUGAAUGUUGGCAGUGAAGUGGUUCUGGAUCUGAUGGAUCCCCUCUGUGAUGUUAAAUGGACCCAAACAGCACCAGAAGCCGCUCCACAUCCUGGGGUCCGAUUCAUGAAGCAGGUUUAACAGAUUCACAUCUUCACCUCUAAAUUAGUCUAGCCUAAAGUCAGGAACUCUGAGUGUUCGGUUUUAUAAACAGUUAGCUUCAAUCAAUAGUUCAGUCAAUUCUUACUAGAUCUACUCAGAUUUAAACGGUGCGUAACAAAUAUGAAAAUUCAUUAUCAGGGGAGCACAGCUUUAGCGAGUCACCAUGACAACAGGCAACAGGAAGUGCCUAUUUCACUCCACUGGAACAAGAGGUUUUAAUUAAAAGA